AUGGCAGAAACAACAACCUACGACAUCCCCAUCGACCAGCUCGACUCGAACGGCCAAAAGCUGCUCGCAUACGCGCAGGAGCACCCCAUACAGUGCGGGCUCGUUUCUUGCCUUGUUGUCGCUGGCGUCGCGACCGUCGUUGUUCCACUUGCGAUCAGCGUUGCUACGAAUCCGGCGACUGGCCGCAUCCUCGUCGCCGCCGCCAACUCCCAAUCCCACUCCCAAUCAAAAUCCCACCCCAACACCCCCCUCGCCACGGCCAGCCCCUUCCUCGCCACCCUCCAAGCUAUGACUACCACCGGCACCCUCCUCACCAACAGCGGCGCGCUCAUCAGCGCCGGCACGCUCGCCGUCGACUGGGCCAAGGGCGUCGACUGGGCGAAAGGCAUCGACUGGGCAAAAGGCGCAGACUGGGCUGGCUGGGCACAGGCCGCAGGGCGGGGGGACGGGGAUCUUGUGCGCGGUGUAGCGGGACUAGGGAAGGAGGUGGAUAGGGCGGCCGGUGGUGCGGUGUGGGCUGCUAAUGAGGCGGUGAAGGGGGCGGAUUGGGCGGCGGGGGAGGCGGUGAGGAGGGUGGGGAGGGUGGGGAGGUUGCUGAGUAAGUGGUGA